AUGGUAGCCACAUCUGGCUCUCUGCUGUUAGAGGAUGAUGCUAUCUCUACAAUGCGCGACCAACUUUUCCCUCUCGCCACGCUUGUGACGCCUAAUAUUUCAGAGGCGAUAUGUUUGCUGGAAGACACGUCACACGAGGUGCCUGAUUCAAACUGUCCAUCUAUUUUGUCGCUGCAGAAGAUGGCCAAAUGUUUAAGCAAGUUGGGUGCCACCAACGUCUUAGUCAAAGGCGGGCAUGCAUCGAUGUCGUACGAUUCGCUCAUUGAUCAGCUCUACCGAUUAGGGGUAAAACUACUAAGCAUUAAUGAUUUGGAUCAAGUAUCAAAAGCGUACGAACGCGAAAGCAAUGCCAGUCUACUGCUUCAGUAUGAAAGGAGUCUUAAAGGCCGCGGGGGCAACAGUCAUGAUAGUGAGCUUACCACUGCCGCUCAUGUGUUGGGCGCGUCGUUGUAUCGAACAUACAACGGCGUCGAUAUUUGCUAUGUUCGGGGUCCCGAUGACUUACUAUUCUUGCAGAGGCCUAGCAGCGCCUAUACGACCGAUGUGUUAUAUGAGUCGCAAAGCGAGCGUAUGACAUUGUUCAUCAAGCCAACCAUAAAUACGGAUGCUACGCAUGGUACCGGAUGCACAUUGUCCUCCGCUAUUGCAGCCUUCUCUGCACAUGGACAUCCAUUGCGAGUAGCCGUGGCACAUGCGCUGCAGUACAUGCAGGAAGUGUUGGCCUCCGGACUGAAUCAAGUCGGAUAUGGUGCUGGGCCAUUAGAUCACGGCUCCCCCAUCAUGACGCGCGGCAUUCCUCUGCGCGCUUUGUCGAAUCCUGCGCCGCUCACCACGAUGCUGGUGUCACAAUCUUGGAGCCUUUGGAAAUCGUAUACACGACAUCCAUUCGUACAGAACCUGGGAGAUGGAACUUUGCUGAUGUCGUCUAUGCGCUGGUUCAUGCAACAGGACUACAAGUAUUUAACUCAGUACGCUCGUGCGCUGUCGAAAGCAGUGGCCCAUCCGUCCGCAACUUGGUCUGAGAUGAAGGAGCUCUCUGCUAUGUCGAAAUCGGUGAUUGACGAAAUGCAACUCCAUAUACGUGUGUGUGAACGCAUGGGCAUUUCACUCGACGUUCUCGAGCAGACGAUGGAGAGCCGCGCCACUGUUGCGUACACACGGUUCGUCCUCGAUACUGCCGAAGAAGGACUACUCCCACUAUUGGUAUCCCUUGGUUCUUGUGCCGUCGGCUAUGCAGAAGUAGGCCUAUGGCUUUCGCAGAAAUGUGCCAGUGGUACGUUCCCUGGCGAGCUUUACAAUGAGUGGGUAAAAGAGUAUAGUGGUCCCGCAUAUCAACGCGCCGUACAUGGAUUCGUAAAUCUCAUGGAAGAGUAUGCACAGCGAGCAAUGAUAUCAGUCUCACAGAUGUCGCGACUGCAAACAAUUUGGGAUGCGGUAACUCGAUUCGAAAUUGGCAUGUGGGAUGAGGCUCUGAGUGUGGGCUAUCAUGCAGUACCAGAUGAAUUUCACUCAUCGUCAUAA